CGAACGGGAUGGUUUGUGAUCCCUGUCCCGGUGUCCCGGCCGGUUUGCGUUAGCGUCCCGGUCAAACUUGAACAACACCGACAUCCCGGCCAUUGAUCAAGGAUCAUCUAAAGUGCUCGAAACACAAGACCAGCGCAAGUGCCAUUCUCUCGUCCCAAACUCUUCUACCAUCGUUUUUGAAAAAUGCUGAACCCGCAAAACAUGAACUUUCCAUUACUGUAAAGAAGCUAUUUGCAUUCCAUGCAGCAAUGUCAGCUAUAAUUUUUAAAACACCUGAUUGCUUCUCUAAAUUAAUAUCGAAGCUGUUUGAGCUCAAAUUCGGGUCUGUGCAUACCAAGUGCCAACCGAUUAUCGCGGGAGUGAUAGCACUGAUAGAAAGAGAUCACAAGGAAAGAGUUUUUUGAGCAUUUCAACAGAUACAUCAAACAGACAUUGUGCUAAAUUGGCACCGAUAGUUGUUAAGUACUUUGUACCUAAGAAAGGCAUAUCUACUCUAUUUCGUCUAUUCCAGGCUCAAGGAAGGUUAACCUAAAAGGCAUUGGUUGCAGCGCACACAUCGUUUACAAUACAAUCCAACAUGGAGUUGAUGGUUCCUGCCGAAAUAGAGACUAUCAUAAAAAUAUAUAAAUAUUUUUGUAUACUGUACCUACGCGUUACAAACGAGUUUUAUGAGACAGCUGACAUCGAGUACAAAAAAUUAGUGAGACAUGGAAAUACAAGAUUUCGGUCAUUAUUACCAGUUGUGGAAAGAAUCCUGCAGCUGUACGAAGGCCUAAAAUCCUAUUUUCUUGCUGAAGUAAACUGUCCUCUAGUAUUACGACAGUUCUUCACAACAGAAAUUGGAGCACUUUUUGGUUUGUGCUGGGACAGUUAAAUGUAUUCAACAAAACCAUUGAGUCUAGGGAAAAGACUAACUCAACUGCGACAGAUGUAGGUUUUUCUCAGAACAAAUUGCAAGUCAUGAAAACUGAACAUGCAGGCCCUACAGAACAACAAAAUGCAACCACUGAAGAAGCAACAGUAAAGAAUUCUACAUAUGAAUGUAAAAUUUGUUUUAAGCAAUUUAACCACACAGGUUCUUUGAAACGACAUAUAAAAACGCACUCUAGCGAAAAGCCUUACAAGUGUGACAUUUGUUUGAGGCAGUUUUCUCAGAAAUGGCAUUUAAAAACACAUUCGAGAGUGCACACUGGAGAAAAGCCUUACAAGUGUGAGGUUUGUUUUAAACAGUUUACUCAUAAAAGUUCUUUGGAUGAGCAUACGAAAAUUCACACUGGAGAAAAUCAUUACAAGUGUGAAAUUUGUUUUAAACAGUUUUCUCAAAAAACAAAUUUGAACACUCAUUUAAGGGUACACACUGGUGAAAAGCCUUACAAGUGUGACAUUUGUUUGAAGCAGUUUUCUCGGAGAAUGCAUUUGAAGACACAUUCGAGCGUGCACACUGGAGAAAAGCCUUAUGAUUGUGAAAUUUGUUUUCAACAGUUUACUCUUGCACAAGAUUUGAAAAUUCAUUUGAAAGUGCACACUGGGGAAUCCCCUUACAAGUGUGAAAUUUGUUUCAAGCAGUUUAUUCGAGCAGGUUUUUCUCAGAACAAAUUGAAAGUCAUGAAAACUGAACAUGCAAGCUCUACAGAACAACAAAAUGCAACCACUGAAGAAGCAACAGUAAAUAAUGCUACAUCCUUGAAACGACAUAUAAAAACGCACUCUAGCGAAAAGCCAUACAAGUGUGACAUUUGUUUGAAGCAGUUUUCUCGGAAACAUAAUUUGAAAACACAUUCGAGAGUGCACAAUGGAGAAAAGCCUUAUGGGUGUGACAUUUGUUUUAAGCAGUUUAUUCAAUCACACGAUUUGAAAAGACAUUUGCGAGUGCACACUGGAGAAAAGCCUUACCAGUGUGAAAUUUGUUUUAAGCAGUUCAAUCAGAAAAGUUCUUUGGGUGAACAUAUGAAAGUUCACACUGGAGAAAAGCCUUAUAACUGUGAAAUUUGUUUUAAGAAGUUUACUUUAGCAGGUCGUUUGAAAAGACAUUUGAGAUCGCACACUGGAGAAAAGCCUUACAAGUGUGACAUUUGUUUUAAGCAGUUUAGUGAUAAAAGAAAUUUAAACACACAUUUAAGAUUGCACAGUGGAGAAAAUCCUUACAAGUGUGAAGUUUGUUUUAAACAGUUUACUCAUAAAAUUUCUUUGGAUGAACAUACGAAAGGUCACACUGGAGAAAAGCCUUACAAGUGUGAAAUCUGUUUUAAGCAGUUUACUCGAACAAGUCUUUUGAAAAGACAUUUGAGAGUGCACACUGGAGAAAAGCCUUACACGUGUGAGAUUUGUUUGAAGCAGUUUACUCGAGCAAGUGAUUUGAAAAGACAUUUGACAAUACACACUGGAGAAACGCUUUACAAGUGUGAAAUUUGUUUAAAGCAGCUUUCUCGAGCAAGUCAUUUGCAAGUUCAUUUGAGAGUGCACACUGGAGAAAAGCCUUACCAGUGUGAAAUUUGUUUUAAGCAGUUUAGUGAUAAAAGAAAUUUAAAAACUCAUUUAAGAUUGCACACUGGAGAAAAUCCUUAUAAAUGUGAAAUUUGUUUUAAGCAGUUUACCAGAACAAGUACUUUGAAAAUACAUUUGAGAUCGCACACUGGAGAAACGCCUUACAAGUGUGAAAUUUGUUUUAAGCAAUUUACACAAAGAGGUAGUUUGAAGACUCACUUAGGAAAACACUCUGCAUAAAAUCCCAGUU